GUGUGAAUGACAUGUUUGUGACAUUGAAUCCGGAUCGUGACAGGCCUGCGCCAUGGAUUCCAGACGAUACCGCAUAGGAGUGGUGUCUAAAGAUCGAGACAUGUAUAUACGAGGCCGGACGUGAAAUCAGAGUGGAAUUGCUGGACGAUAGAUACGAGUUUGUCGGCGGGUCAUCACCAGUGCUUUGAGUUCAUUUUAGCUCUACAAAUUUAUAGAGGUUAUCUGUAGAGGAGCUCGUGCACUGAUGGUGGACUGCUGGCCAACCCAUUUUGGGAAUUUCCAUUCCUUUAGGCAACCGUAUCCCGCAGAAAAACGAAGCCUUUAAAAGCUGCCCAGUUGAUUAAGAUGCCCAUCAGUCAUUUCGCAGUCACCAUGAAGUUGUUUCUAAUUUUGUGUUGGGUGGCUUUAGCAACCUGCACCUACCCACCACCCAAGUCGUGGGGAAGGCAACCUGCUCCUGCUCCUGCUCCUGCUCCUUGCGCCAGACAGAGUAUCGAACUUGUGCGCAAGAAUGCCGAUAAUUUGCUCUACCUGGAAUACAUGAGGAAACAGGCCCAGGGCGACGACGAUUUCCUUUCGUGGACGGGCACCGACGAGUACCAGCAACGUCUCAACGAAUUGCAAUACGGAAACUGCGAAACGGAAUCGUCCGUCAUUUGUCCCAGUGCUCCGUCUUGCGAAUAUAACUGCGGCAGCAGCUGCGAAACUUACGGACCGAAAAUCGCCAUGUUCCAGGCUGAAUUGAAACGCCAAAGGUUGAUGAUUCAACGUCUUUAUGCGCAGAUCCUCGUCAUUUCGCAAACCAAAAGCUCGUCGUGUGACUAUGAUACCUGCCUUCCCGCUCCUUCCUGUGAGACGAGAUGUCCUUCUCCCGCUCCUUGUGAAGUGGAAUGCCCUGCUCCCGCUCCGAGAUGCGAAAGCUCCUGCGAUAGUUACCCAGGACCUCGAGGACCACCUGGUCCACCUGGCCCUCCAGGACCCCCAGCAUGCGAGACCGCAGGUGAAAUGGGACCAAUGGGCCCACCUGGUCCUCCCGGAAACAACGGUCGUCCAGGCAAGGAUGGUGCUCCUGGCACUUGUUCCUGCCAAGACGGUGAACCAGGAAAUCCAGGAACUCCUGGCAAACCUGGUACCGACGGCAAACGCGGUACUCCUGGUGAACCAGGUAUUCCAGGCAUUCCAGGUAGUCCAGGUACUUCAACUACUUGUCAAACUCCCUCGUGUCCACCAGCACCAAUACCAUUACCAGCACCUGCACCGGUUCCAGUAAGCUGCUGCGGAGGAACAUCCACUUGCAACCAGCCGUGUCCAUACCCUUGCCAAUCGCCGCCGUGCUUCUAUCCGCCAGUUCAAUCCCCCAACUGUUGUGGCGGAUCUAUGGGUUCCGUUUGCGGAAAUCCUUGCCCACCACAAAUCUCGUGCAACACUAGUCCUUGCUUCUACGGAACUCCCAUGAUGCCAUCAAUGCCCGCUCCUUGCGGAUCUGCCACCGGAUGCAACACGGGCUACUCCCACAUCAAAGGCUAUACUCAUAACAUGUAUGGUUAAGAACAGGGAUCGACUGAAUAUGAUGGUCUUUUUUAUUAUUUCGGUUUUUUCUUCAAGGGGAAAACAUAUUGACUGAAAGUGUUCAUGGGUUUAGCACUAUAACCGUUUUCAAUUACUUUACAGAUUAACCAGCAAAUAUAAUAAUCUAAUUCUUUAGUUUCAUCUUCUUCCUUCUUUGUUGUAGACGUAUUUAGACACCUCUUGAAAUAAUAUCACGUAACGAUUUCUGUUUAAUUCUCGUUCCACUGCCAUUAUUCUCACAAAAACAAACACUAAAAUGAUCCCAUCCAUUCCGACAUUGUAGAAAUUUUUCCCCUAAUACAGAAACACCAAACACAAA